CAUGUGGAACAGAGUCUUCCUUUCUGGGUUAUUGAUUUUAGCCUCCCUUGUCCACACCAACGCCAUUCCCAGCCACUCACAUCACCACCACUCCUCCCACUCCCAAUCCCAUUCCGCUGUGCUCGACACAAACGGCAAUGAACUCCAAGCAGGGAUGCCAUACUACAUCGUCUCCGCCAUCAGGGGAGGCGGCGGCGGUGGUCUCUCCAUGGACAGGAGAGAGAGCUCCACCUCUCACGGCCACACGACCCACACCCCAACCGUGAGACAGAGUGCCUACGACUUGAACAUGGGUACCCCAGUUAUGUUCUCUCCAGCAUCCCCGCAACAUCCAGAAUUGGCCUUACUUGGAGAGAGAGAAGAGGGAGAAAUGAUGAUUCAGGAAUCGAUGGACAUGAAUAUUAGAUUCUCCGGGAUGAAUAAUAGGGUGUGGCAGGUGGAACAGCAGGGGAAAGAGGAAUCAUCAAGUUCGAGGGAUUCGAUGAGGUUUGUGACAUUGGGAGGAAAGCCAGGGUACCCAGGGGAAUCGACGGUGAGGAACUGGUUCAAGAUUGAGAGGAUGAGCGAGAGUACCCCAAUUUAUAGGAUUGUUUACUGCCCCAACGUGUGCGAGUCUUGCCAAGUGAUUUGCGGAAGUGUUGGGAUCACCAAGAGGAAUGGCAACCGAUGGCUGUCGGUGUCGGAGCACAGUGAGUUCCCCUUCGUCUUCGUCAGAGCCCAGACACAACAGUAAGGAUGAACA